CCGGCGCUCUGACGUGGACCCGGGGGCCGCGAGCGCGGCGGGGGGAGCGCGGCCCGGGGGCUUCUUAAACCCACUGCCCAGGUCCGGCCGGCACUUCCCGAGCACCGCUCCGCCCCUGGAGGCAAAGGGAGCGAGAGCGAGAGCGCGCGCGGCCAAGGAGCGAAGAGUCCCGCCGAGUCCCGCCGAGUCCCGCCGGCCAAGGGCGCGAGAGAAGUUGAGAGCCGCGCCGCCCGGCCCGCGAGUCCCGCCGCCGCCCCGACAGCGCCCCCAGCCCCGGCCCGGCCCCCGCCGGCAUGAUGAACAACAGCGGCUACUCCGAGGCCCCGGGCCUCGGCCUGGGCGACGAGGCGGACGACAUGCCGUCCACGGAGAAGGACCUGGCGGAGGACGCCCCGUGGAAGAAGAUCCAGCAGAACACUUUCACUCGCUGGUGCAACGAGCACCUCAAGUGCGUGGGCAAGCGCCUCAACGACCUGCAGCGCGACCUCAGCGACGGGCUGCGCCUCAUCGCGCUGCUCGAGGUGCUCAGCCAGAAACGCAUGUACCGCAAGUUCCACCCGCGCCCCAACUUCCGCCAGAUGAAGCUGGAGAACGUGUCCGUGGCCCUCGAGUUCCUCGAGCGCGAGCACAUCAAGCUCGUGUCCAUCGACAGCAAGGCCAUCGUGGACGGGAACCUGAAGCUGAUCCUGGGCCUCAUCUGGACCCUGAUCCUGCACUACUCCAUCUCCAUGCCCAUGUGGGAAGAUGAGGAUGAUGAGGAUGCCCGAAAGCAGACACCCAAACAGCGUCUGCUCGGCUGGAUCCAGAACAAGGUGCCACAGCUGCCCAUCACCAACUUCAACCGCGACUGGCAGGACGGCAAAGCUCUUGGUGCCCUGGUGGACAACUGUGCCCCCGGCCUCUGCCCUGACUGGGCCGCCUGGGACCCCAACCAACCCGUGCAGAAUGCCCGGGAGGCCAUGCAGCAGGCGGACGACUGGCUCGGGGUGCCCCAGGUGAUCGCCCCUGAGGAGAUCGUGGACCCCAACGUGGAUGAGCAUUCUGUCAUGACCUACCUGUCCCAGUUCCCCAAGGCCAAGCUCAAACCUGGCGCCCCCGUUCGCUCCAAGCAGCUGAACCCCAAGAAGGCCAUCGCCUAUGGGCCCGGCAUCGAGCCCCACGGCAACACGGUGCUGCAGCCCGCCCACUUCACCGUGCAGACCGUGGACGCCGGCGUGGGCGAGGUGCUGGUCUACAUCGAGGAUCCCGAGGGCCACACCGAGGAGGCCAAGGUGGUUCCCAACAAUGACAAGGACCGAACCUACGCUGUCUCCUACGUGCCCAAGGUCGCUGGGUUGCACAAGGUGACUGUGCUGUUUGCUGGCCAGAACAUCGAGCGAAGCCCCUUUGAGGUGAACGUGGCCAUGGCCCUGGGGGAUGCCAAUAAGGUGUCGGCCCGCGGCCCUGGCCUGGAGCCCGUGGGCAACGUAGCCAACAAACCCACCUACUUUGACAUCUACACUGCGGGGGCUGGCACUGGCGACGUUGCUGUGGUGAUCGUGGACCCGCAGGGCCGGCGAGACACAGUGGAGGUGGCCCUGGAGGACAAGGGUGACAGCACGUUCCGCUGCACGUACAGGCCCGUGAUGGAGGGGCCGCACACGGUGCACGUGGCCUUCGCCGGCGCCCCCAUCACCCGCAGCCCUUUCCCCGUGCACGUGGCAGAAGCCUGUAACCCCAAUGCCUGCCGUGCCUCCGGCCGGGGUUUGCAGCCCAAGGGCGUGCGUGUGAAAGAGGUGGCUGACUUCAAGGUGUUCACCAAGGGUGCUGGCAGCGGAGAGCUCAAAGUCACAGUCAAGGGGCCAAAGGGCACAGAGGAGCCUGUGAAGGUGCGGGAGGCUGGCGACGGUGUGUUCGAGUGCGAGUACUGCCCCGCGGUGCCCGGGAAGUACGUGGUGACCAUCACAUGGGGCGGCUAUGCCAUCCCCCGCAGCCCCUUUGAGGUCCAGGUGAGCCCAGAAGCAGGGGCGCAGAAGGUGCGGGCCUGGGGUCCCGGUUUGGAAACUGGCCAGGUGGGCAAGUCAGCCGACUUUGUGGUGGAGGCCAUUGGCACGGAGGUGGGGACACUGGGCUUCUCCAUCGAGGGACCCUCGCAGGCCAAGAUUGAGUGUGAUGACAAGGGGGACGGCUCCUGCGACGUGCGGUACUGGCCCACGGAGCCCGGGGAGUACGCCGUGCAUGUCAUCUGUGAUGACGAGGACAUCCGAGACUCGCCCUUCAUUGCCCACAUCCAGCCAGCCCCACCGGACUGCUUCCCAGACAAGGUGAAGGCCUUUGGACCCGGCUUAGAGCCCACUGGCUGCAUCGUGGACAAGCCGGCAGAGUUCACCAUUGAUGCCCGUGCAGCCGGCAAGGGAGACCUGAAGCUCUAUGCCCAGGACGCCGAUGGCUGCCCCAUUGACAUCAAGGUCAUCCCCAAUGGCGAUGGCACCUUCCGCUGCUCCUAUGUGCCCACCAAGCCCAUUAAGCACACCAUCAUCAUUUCCUGGGGAGGCGUCAACGUGCCCAAGAGCCCCUUCCGGGUGAACGUGGGAGAGGGCAGCCACCCCGAGCGGGUGAAGGUGUACGGCCCUGGUGUGGAGAAGACCGGUCUCAAGGCCAACGAGCCCACCUACUUCACCGUGGACUGCAGCGAGGCGGGGCAAGGUGACGUGAGCAUUGGCAUCAAAUGCGCCCCUGGCGUGGUGGGCCCUGCAGAGGCUGACAUCGACUUUGACAUCAUCAAGAAUGACAAUGACACCUUCACGGUCAAGUACACACCCCCAGGGGCUGGCCACUACACCAUCAUGGUGCUGUUUGCCAACCAGGAGAUCCCUGCCAGCCCCUUCCACAUCAAGGUGGAUCCAUCCCAUGAUGCCAGCAAGGUCAAGGCCGAGGGCCCUGGGCUGAACCGCACAGGUGUGGAAGUUGGGAAGCCCACUCACUUCACGGUGCUGACCAAGGGAGCCGGCAAGGCCAAGCUGGACGUACACUUCGCUGGGGCUGCGAAGGGCGAGGCAGUGCGGGACUUCGAGAUCAUCGACAACCACGACUACUCCUACACUGUCAAGUACACGGCGGUCCAGCAGGGCAACAUGGCAGUGACAGUGACCUAUGGCGGGGACCCUGUGCCCAAGAGCCCCUUUGUGGUAAAUGUGGCACCCCCGUUGGACCUCAGCAAAGUCAAAGUUCAAGGCCUCAACAGCAAGGUGGCCGUUGGGCAAGAGCAGGCGUUCUCCGUGAACACGCGGGGGGCUGGCGGUCAGGGCCAGCUGGACGUGCGGAUGACCUCGCCCUCCCGACGACCCAUCCCCUGCAAGCUGGAGCCCGGAGGUGGAGCUGAAGCCCAGGCCGUGCGCUACAUGCCCCCCGAGGAGGGGCCCUACAAGGUGGACGUCACCUACGAUGGUCACCCAGUGCCCGGCAGUCCCUUUGCCGUGGAGGGUGUCCUGCCUCCUGACCCCUCCAAGGUUUGUGCCUACGGCCCUGGUCUCAAGGGCGGGCUGGUGGGCACCCCAGCACCCUUCUCCAUUGACACCAAGGGGGCCGGCACAGGUGGCCUGGGGCUGACGGUGGAGGGCCCCUGCGAGGCCAAGAUCGAGUGCCAGGACAAUGGCGACGGCUCGUGCGCUGUCAGCUACCUGCCCACAGAGCCGGGCGAGUACACCAUCAACAUCCUAUUUGCCGAAGCCCACAUUCCCGGCUCGCCCUUUAAGGCCACCAUCCAGCCCGUGUUUGACCCAAGCAAGGUGCGGGCCAGUGGGCCAGGCCUGGAGCGCGGCAAGGCUGGCGAGGCCGCCACCUUCACUGUGGACUGCUCGGAGGCGGGCGAGGCUGAGCUGACCAUCGAGAUCCUGUCGGACGCCGGCGUCAAGGCUGAGGUGCUGAUCCACAACAACGCCGACGGCACCUACCACAUCACCUACAGCCCCGCCUUCCCGGGCACCUACACGAUUACCAUCAAGUACGGCGGGCACCCGGUUCCCAAAUUCCCCACCCGCGUCCACGUGCAGCCUGCUGUGGACACCAGUGGCAUCAAGGUCUCGGGCCCUGGGGUGGAGCCACAUGGUGUCCUGCGUGAGGUGACCACUGAGUUCACUGUGGACGCAAGAUCCCUGACAGCCACGGGUGGGAACCACGUGACGGCUCGAGUGCUCAACCCCUCGGGGGCCAAGACGGACACCUACGUGACGGACAACGGUGACGGCACCUACCGAGUGCAGUACACGGCCUAUGAAGAGGGUGUGCACUUGGUGGAGGUGCUGUACGAUGACGUACCUGUGCCCAAGAGCCCUUUCCGCGUGGGCGUGACCGAGGGCUGUGACCCAACCCGAGUCAGGGCCUUCGGCCCGGGCUUGGAGGGUGGCUUGGUCAACAAAGCCAACCGUUUCACCGUGGAAACCAGGGGAGCCGGCACUGGGGGCCUUGGCCUAGCCAUUGAGGGCCCUUCAGAAGCCAAGAUGUCCUGCAAGGACAACAAGGACGGCAGCUGCACGGUGGAGUACAUCCCCUUCACCGCCGGGGACUACGACGUCAACAUCACCUUCGGGGGACGGCCCAUCCCAGGGAGCCCGUUCCGGGUGCCGGUGAAGGAUGUGGUAGACCCUGGGAAGGUGAAGUGCUCGGGACCAGGGCUGGGGUCCGGCGUCAGGGCCCGGGUACCCCAGACCUUCACGGUGGACUGCAGCCAAGCUGGCCGAGCACCGCUGCAGGUGGCCGUGCUGGGUCCCACAGGUGUGGCUGAGCCUGUGGAGGUGCGUGACAAUGGAGAUGGCACCCACACUGUCCACUACACCCCUGCCACCGAUGGGCCGUACACUGUAGCCGUCAAGUACGCUGACCAGGAGGUGCCACGCAGCCCCUUCAAGAUCAAGGUGCUUCCAGCCCAUGAUGCCAGCAAGGUGCGGGCCAGCGGCCCCGGCCUCAACGCCUCCGGCAUCCCCGCCAGCCUGCCCGUGGAGUUCACCAUCGAUGCCAGGGAUGCUGGGGAGGGCUUGCUCACCGUCCAGAUUCUGGACCCCGAGGGUAAGCCCAAGAAAGCCAACAUCCGAGACAAUGGGGAUGGCACGUACACCGUGUCCUACCUGCCAGACAUGAGUGGCCGCUACACCAUCACCAUCAAGUACGGUGGCGACGAGAUUCCCUACUCACCUUUCCGCAUCCACGCCCUUCCCACUGGGGACGCCAGCAAGUGCCUCGUUACAGUGUCCAUCGGAGGCCACGGCCUGGGUGCCUGCCUGGGCCCCCGCAUUCAGAUCGGGGAGGAGACGGUGAUCACCGUGGACGCCAAGGCAGCGGGCAAGGGGAAGGUGACGUGCACGGUGUCCACGCCGGAUGGGGCAGAGCUGGACGUGGACGUGGUUGAGAACCACGAUGGCACUUUCGAUAUCUACUACACGGCGCCCGAGCCGGGCAAGUACGUCAUCACCAUCCGCUUCGGAGGCGAGCACAUCCCCAACAGCCCCUUCCACGUGCUGGCUUGUGACCCCACGCCCCAUGUGGAGGAGCCCCCCGAAGUGCUACAGCAGCUGCACCGGCCCAGCGCCUACCCCACACGCUGGGCCACAGAGGAGCCGGUGGUGCCCGUGGAGCCGAUGGAGUCCAUGCUGAGGCCCUUCAACCUGGUCAUCCCCUUCACCGUGCAGAAAGGGGAGCUCACAGGGGAGGUGCGGAUGCCCUCUGGGAAGACGGCGCGGCCCAACAUCACCGACAACAAGGACGGCACCAUCACAGUGAGGUACGCGCCCACGGAGAAGGGCCUGCACCAGAUGGGGAUCAAGUACGACGGGAACCACAUCCCUGGGAGCCCCCUGCAGUUCUAUGUGGAUGCCAUCAAUAGCCGCCACGUCAGCGCCUACGGGCCAGGCCUGAGCCAUGGCAUGGUCAACAAGCCGGCCACCUUCACGAUUGUCACCAAGGAUGCUGGGGAAGGGGGUCUGUCCCUGGCCGUGGAGGGCCCAUCCAAGGCGGAGAUCACCUGCAAGGACAACAAAGACGGCACCUGCACCGUGUCCUACCUGCCCACGGCGCCAGGAGACUACAGCAUCAUCGUGCGCUUCGACGACAAGCACAUCCCGGGCAGCCCCUUCACGGCCAAGAUCACAGGCGACGAUUCUAUGAGAACGUCACAGCUAAACGUGGGCACCUCCACGGAUGUGUCGCUGAAGAUCACGGAGAGUGACCUGAGCCAGCUGACCGCCAGCAUCCGUGCCCCCUCAGGCAACGAGGAGCCCUGCCUGCUGAAACGGCUGCCCAACCGGCACAUUGGCAUCUCCUUCACCCCCAAGGAGGUGGGGGAGCAUGUGGUGAGCGUGCGCAAGAGUGGCAAGCACGUCACCAACAGCCCCUUCAAGAUCUUGGUGGGGCCCUCCGAGAUCGGGGACGCGAGCAAGGUGCGGGUCUGGGGCAAGGGCCUCUCCGAGGGACAGACCUUCCAGGUGGCAGAGUUCAUCGUGGACACUCGUAAUGCAGGUUAUGGGGGCCUGGGGCUGAGUAUUGAAGGCCCUAGCAAGGUGGACAUCAACUGUGAAGACAUGGAGGAUGGCACAUGCAAAGUCACCUACUGCCCCACCGAACCUGGCACCUACAUUAUCAACAUCAAGUUUGCAGACAAGCACGUGCCCGGAAGCCCCUUCACAGUGAAGGUCACGGGUGAGGGCCGCAUGAAGGAAAGCAUCACCCGGCGCAGGCAGGCGCCUUCCAUCGCCACCAUCGGCAGCACCUGCGACCUCAACCUCAAGAUCCCAGGGAACUGGUUCCAGAUGGUGUCUGCCCAGGAGCGCCUGACACGCACCUUCACACGCAGCAGCCACACGUACACCCGCACGGAGCGCACAGAGAUCAGCAAGACGCGGGGUGGGGAGACUAAGCGCGAGGUGCGGGUGGAGGAGUCCACCCAGGUCGGCGGAGACCCCUUCCCUGCCGUCUUCGGGGACUUCCUGGGCCGGGAGCGCCUGGGCUCCUUUGGCAGCAUCACCAGGCAGCAGGAGGGUGAGGCCAGCUCUCAGGACAUGGCUGCACAGGUGACCAGCCCUUCUGGGAAGACGGAAGCCGCAGAGAUUGUCGAGGGGGAGGACAGCGCGUACAGUGUGCGCUUUGUGCCCCAGGAGAUGGGGCCCCAUACGGUCACCGUCAAGUACCGCGGCCAGCACGUGCCCGGCAGCCCCUUUCAGUUCACCGUGGGGCCACUGGGUGAAGGCGGGGCCCACAAGGUGCGAGCUGGAGGCACUGGGCUGGAACGAGGUGUGGCCGGCGUGCCAGCCGAGUUCAGCAUCUGGACCCGAGAAGCAGGCGCCGGGGGCCUGUCUAUUGCCGUGGAAGGCCCCAGCAAGGCAGAGAUCGCAUUUGAGGACCGCAAAGAUGGCUCCUGCGGGGUCUCCUACGUUGUCCAGGAACCCGGUGACUAUGAGGUCUCCAUCAAGUUCAAUGAUGAGCACAUCCCAGACAGCCCCUUCGUGGUGCCCGUGGCUUCCCUGUCGGAUGACGCUCGGCGCCUUACCGUCACCAGCCUUCAGGAGACAGGGCUCAAGGUGAACCAGCCAGCGUCCUUUGCGGUGCAGCUGAACGGCGCGAGGGGUGUGAUCGACGCCAGGGUGCACACGCCCUCAGGGGCGGUGGAGGAGUGCUAUGUCUCUGAGCUGGACAGUGACAAGCACACCAUCCGCUUCAUCCCCCACGAGAAUGGCGUCCACUCCAUCGAUGUCAAGUUCAAUGGCGCACACAUCCCUGGCAGUCCCUUCAAGAUCCGUGUUGGAGAGCAGAGCCAGGCAGGGGACCCAGGCCUGGUGUCAGCCUACGGUCCUGGGCUCGAGGGGGGCACGACAGGUGUUUCAUCGGAGUUCAUCGUCAACACCCUGAAUGCGGGCUCGGGGGCUCUGUCUGUUACCAUUGACGGCCCCUCCAAGGUACAGCUGGACUGUCGGGAGUGUCCUGAGGGCCACGUGGUCACUUACACUCCCAUGGCCCCUGGCAACUACCUCAUUGCCAUCAAGUACGGUGGUCCCCAGCACAUUGUGGGCAGCCCCUUCAAGGCCAAAGUCACAGGGCCCCGGCUGUCCGGAGGCCACAGCCUUCACGAAACCUCCACGGUGCUGGUGGAGACGGUGACCAAGUCGUCUUCCAGCCGGGGCUCCAGCUACGGCUCCGUGCCCAAGUUCUCCUCCGAUGCCAGCAAGGUGGUGACGCGGGGCCCGGGGCUGUCCCAGGCCUUUGUGGGCCAGAAGAACUCCUUCACCGUGGACUGCAGCAAAGCAGGCACUAACAUGAUGAUGGUGGGCGUGCACGGGCCCAAGACCCCCUGUGAGGAGGUGUACGUGAAGCACGUGGGCAACCGGGUGUACAACGUCACCUACACCGUCAAGGAGAAAGGGGACUACAUUCUCAUCGUCAAGUGGGGCGACGAGAGUGUCCCCGGAAGCCCCUUCAAAGUCAACGUGCCCUGAGUCCCAGAAGUGCCUCCCCCAGCCUCAGCCCCCACCUUUGGCCAAACACACACUCACAUAAACACACACCAGUGGGUCACACCCAGAAGCACACGUGCAUAAUCAGACACCACCAACACCUCCCUCGGGGUGUGGAACGCGUGGCACUGCCUCUUCAGCCCACCGAGCCCCCAGGGGCUGGAGGCCUUGUCUGUCCCAGCGCAGCGUCCCUCCCUCUGAAUGUGAUAUAAGGGCGGCCUGGGGCUUCCGGGGGGUCAAGGGAGCCCUGAGGUUUUCAGCAGGCUGAGGCUCGUGGGGGAGCACACACUGGGGGUGCCUGCGUGUGUGAGAGAGGGCACCCCCAGACCUCACUGCUGGCCAGGCCUUCUUGCACUGAGGACUGCACCCGGCCCCUCUGGUGGCUGUGACCCCAGAGCAUUAAGGACUUGGAAAAGCAGCACAAUCGUCGGAGAAAAAGGACCCAGAACCAGCAGCAGUGUUGGCACGUGGCCUGGCUUUGGGCAGUUUCUAUCCCUGCCAGGCUUCCUGGGGGACAGAUUUUUCUCUCUUUUUUUUUUAUGGUUGCACAGCUCUGCCCCAUGGGGGGCCUUUUUUACACACUGCGAGGCCCAGCUUUCUGGGGGAACUUUUGCACAUGUCAUGUGGCUCAGCUGGGAGCCACUUCGGUGGAAAACUCCAAAUAAAGUGCGGCCUGUCGCAGAG